AUGAUUUCUACAUCUUCUCUUUUAUUACUCGUCGCCAUUUUUGCUUGUCUUCUAAUUGAAACCGAAGCCCAAUGGGGAUACGGUGGAUAUGGAAUGGGAGGAUACGGAAUGUAUGGAGGAGGUUUCGGAUGGAGUAAGUCCUAAGUGUAUUAAAAAGUGAAUUUAAAUUCAAAACUGUUUUUUUCAGGACGUCGUAUGUGGGGAAUGGGGUAUCCCUAUGGAGGAUAUGGUGGAUACGGUGGAUACGGAUGGGGAAAAUAA